GUUCAGCUGAUUUUUAAAGCAACCGUGAGCUGCAACUUGUGAUAUUUCAGUUUAUUUAUUUUUAUUCAACUCAUUUUCGUGUGUAUCAACUUUACAAGUUUCUAAGUACAAAUCUAUUCAAAUUAUGGCUUUACCAAAUCAACAAGGAGAAGCAGCUGUCGCAGUUGAAGAAGAUGCAACCGAAUUGAAAUUUCCAGUUGAAUUUGAAAAUGCUGAAACAUUAUUGACCAGUGAAGUUUGUAUGUUGAUGGAACACAGGAAACAACAAAACGAGGAACGAGAGGAGGAACAAGAACUCAAUGAAAUUUUCACCAAAACAUUAAAUUAUUGUCAGCGUUUCAGUAAAUUUAAGAAUCGUGAAACAAUUGCUGCUGUUAGACAUCAAUUGAUGAAUAAAAAGCUGCAUAAAUUUGAAUUUGCGCAAUUGGCAAAUCUGUGUCCAGAAACUCCAGAAGAAGCGAAAGCGUUAUUACCAUCAUUGGAAACGAGAUUCACCGAUGAAGACUUGCGACAAAUUUUAGAUGAUAUUCAAACCCAAAGAUCAUUCCAAUAUUGAGAAAAAAUUUUGUAACAUCAUUAAAAUCUGCCAAUGGAAAUAAACCAUCUUUCAUUAAAAUCAA